UUUGAUGGAUGUCAUUCGCCUCUGGUCAUCGCGGCGUACCCGUGUGUCCUAUAGACUGGUCAAAAUCUUCCGGCUCCAGUCGUGUGCGAUAUAUAUUUCUACAGACUUACCUGGACGUGUACAAACAAUCGGACAAGAAUCGCCAAAGAGGUCAAUUAAAGUUCAUCAAGGUCAACCAAAGUUCGUCAAGGUCAACCAACAUGGCUCAGCUAGCAUUACACGCGCUGACCGGGUUUCUGUCCCUGGUAUACAUAGCUAUGGGGGUCGUCAAGCUGUAUCCAGUAUCACAACAAAUGGCGUUCGCUGUUACUAGAUCGUUCCAAGCCUACGCGAAAGUGUGCCCAACCGUCCUGUUCGGAUACAUCCCCGAGCCGCAGAAGUACCACAUGACUAUAGGAGUCUGGGAGGCUUGCUGUGGACUCGCCCUACUGGUAGGGGACCGGGAACUGAAACAAGGCGCUUCCGGUAUUCUCCUAGUAAUCAUGGGCGUGAUGAUUACAUCUAACGUCAUCAUCAAAGACUACUCGACCAUGUUCUUCUUUGCUAUGCAUUUCUUUUUUCUCUCGUUCCUUUUUGCUAAAUAUCGUCGGAGGUCGCAACCAGUAAAAACAGAGGAAGAGGAGAAUUUCAAGAAGGAAUGAUCAUGAUUAGUACAUUUAAAUAAUCAUUAAAAAAAGCGCAAUGUAAAUUUUGAACAUUUAUAAUUUAUCCUGGCAAAGACAAUAUAAUAUAAAAGGAGCUGGACUUUGGAUAUGGGCUUCUCUGGUGAUCGCUAGGCAAAACAAUUAUAUACAUGUACAUAAAGUCUCGAAAAUAAAAAAAGUUUGAUACUUUAGCUGUUCCUCAAGGUUCUGUACUUGGUCGCACUGCAUUUCUCCAACAUUACGGACUAUUUUUUAAUUUUGAGUGAAAUUAUGAAAGUUAUAAAGAACACGUCAACAUUUUGGAAAUACAAUCUAGUGGAUGUAAAUUCUUCUCCGGGAAACAUUACCAGGUCAAUGAUACGUUUAACUCUUCUUGCCAACAUAAACGGGAGAUUCAAACAUAUGUUAACCCAACAAUCUUUUAUGGUCAUUACAUACGCAUGAUUUAUAACUAACUGCAUUACCUUUAAAUUAAACCUUCUAAAAUAUGAAUUAAGAAUCGUUUUAUCAAUGCAGAUUAGAUAUAAUGGAGGGUUGAUAUAGUACAUAUAUAUUAGGGUGACAGUAGAUGUGUAUGUGGGUGACUGUAGAUGUGUAUGUAGUGACAGUAGAUGUGUAUGUGGGUGACUGUAUAUGUGUAUGUAGUGACAGUAGAUAUGUAUAAGGGUGACAGUAGAUAUGUAUGAGGGUGACAGUAGAUGUGUAUGUGGGUGACUGUAGAUGUGUAUGAGGUUGACAGUAGAUAUGUAUGAGGGUGACAGUAGAUGUGUAUGAGGUUGACAUUAGAUAUGUACAAGGGUGCAAGUAAAUAUGUAUAAGGGUGACAGUAGACGUGUAUGAGGGUGACAGUAGAUGUGUAUGCAGUUGACAUUAGAUAUGUACAAGGGUGCAAGUAAAUAUGUAUGAGGAUGAUAUUAGAUAUGUACACGGGUGCAGAAGAAAUGUAUAAGGGUGACAGAAGAUAUGUAUGAGGGUGACAGAAGAUAUAUAUAAGGGUGACAGUAGAUGUGUAUGAGGGCGACAGUAGAUAUGUAUGAGGGUGACAGUAAACAUGUAUGAGGGUGAUAUUAGAUGUAGUGUAAUAAGGACAGUGUAAAUACUAUUUAUUGUCACUGAAUUUUUCUGUUGCCUUUGUUUCAUAUUAAAAAAUUCAUAAAUUAAAACAACAACCUUUAUUUCUAUGACAGCAUUAUUUUUUUUAUGUGAAACCUGUCAACUGUAACCAGAUUUUUGUGUCGCCUGCGAAAAGCUGGUGACACAUAGGUAUUGCUUUGUCGGUGGCGUCAUCGUCCGAACAGAGGUUUCCGUGUGAUUACUUAAGUUUUCUUGGGCCGAUCAAACUCAAACUUCAUGCAGUGCUUCCUUACCAAAAGUGCUUGCUUGGGAUUG